AUGUUAACUAAAGAAAACCAUGGCCCUCUUGAGCCAAUUGCAGUCGUCGGUCUCGCCUUCAAGUUUCCUGGAGGAGGAAACACAGAAAAAGAGUUCUGGGAGAUAAUGAUGCAGCGGAAAUGUGUUGUCGGGGAAUUCCCUCCGGAGCGCGGCAACAUAGAUACGUGCUAUGACCCUUCUAUGAAGGGCACUAGCAAAGUGAGCUACAGUUUGAAUGGACAUUUUCUGGAUAGCGAUAUCAGAGAGUUCGAUCCUAAAUUCUUCUCAAUAUCUCAAGCCGAGGCCGGCUCGAUGGACCCCCAACACAGAGCGCUGAUGGAGACGACAUAUCACGCUUUUGAAAAUGCCGGUAUGUCUUUGAAGGAUAUUGCCGGAUCAAGAACGUCUGUCCACGUUGGGUGCUUCAGUUCAGACUUUCACGCUGUUCAAUGUCGAGAUCCGCUCAACAUCCCUAAAUACAGCGCGACUGGAGGCUCCAGCUGCAUUCUAUCUAACCGAAUCAGUUGGUUCUUUGACCUGCAUGGGCCCAGCAUGACUAUUGACACAGCCUGUUCGAGUUCGAUGGUGGCGUUUGACCUCGCUUGCCAGGGGAUAUGGAACGGCAGUGUAGAUUCGGCGAUUGUUGGGGGCGCGAACCUCAUCCAGGCACCUGACUUGGGCGUGAUGUUGUCGAACAUGUCAAUGCUCUCUCCAGACGGGCGUUGCUACAGUUUCGACAAACGUGGAAAUGGCUACGCGCGUGGCGAAGGCGUAGCUACACUGUUCCUGAAACCUCUUUCGGCCGCAUUAGAGAAUGGGGAUCCUAUCAGAGCGCUAGUGCGAGCUGUGGGCAUGAAUCAAGAUGGCCACACUAAAGGGGGGUUGACUCAACCAAGCAUGAAGAUGCAGGCCUCUCUAGUUAACGAGACCUAUCGAAAGGCGGGGCUUUCAAUGGCCAAUACGCGGUUCUUCGAGGCACAUGGCACUGCAACACCCUUGGGUGAUCCUAUCGAAGCCCGCGCCAUUGGUGAAUGCUUCCGACUUUACCGAUCCCCCGAUGAUCCUAUAUACGUAGGCGCAGUAAAGUCAAACAUCGGCCAUCUCGAAGGAUGCAGUGGGUUAGCCGGUAUUAUAAAAGUGGUCCUUGCAAUUGAGCGAGGAGUCAUCCCGCCGAAUGCAAAUUUUGAAUCCUUGAACAGUCAGAUUGAUGCCGACUUCUUUAAUCUAAAGUUUCCACGGGAGCCUGUUGCUUGGCCCCAUGAUGAACAUUUAGGGAUUCGAAGAGCUUCUGUGAACUCAUUCGGAUUCGGAGGCACCAACGCUCACGUGAUAUUGGACGAUGUCGAAUCCUAUCUACGUCGUUCUUCUGGGCUUUCUAAUGGAGUCAAUGGAUGUAAUGUUGGUGCAGUCGUCAACGGACAUACGAUUGCAAAGCCUUCUACUCCAAGACUGCUGUUAAUGAGCGCUGCCGAUGAGGGUGGCUGUUCUCGCUUAGCGGCUUCGUUGAAUGCCAGUCUCCGCGUUCCGGAAGACAAGUACGAUGAAGCCUUGCUGGACGACUUGGCGUUCACGCUCAAUUCGCGACGAACGAAGUUACCAUGGAGAAGCUUUGCAGUCUGCAGAUCUCCAGCAUCUAUCGAAAAACUUGGAGACAGCAUCUCGAAGCCCGUGCGCCGAGAUGAUGCCAGCGUGAACCUUGCUUUCGUAUUCACGGGCCAAGGAGCUCAAUGGGCAGGUAUGAGUAGGGAGUUGCUGGGUUGGUCUGUUUUUCGCAAGAGUGUACUUCUUUCUCAGUCAUGUCUUGCAGAGCUCCAAUGCUCAUGGUCCCUCAUAGAUCUCCUUGUCGCCGACGGCGAGACAAUCCCGAUCGACAAUCCCAGAUACAGCCAACUUCUUACAACAGUGGUGGAACUCGCUAUCGUAGAUCUCUUCGCAAGCAUUGCAGUGCGGCCAACAGUUGUGCUGGGCCAUUCAUCCGGAGAGAUCGCAGCGGCAUACUGUGCCGGUCUCAUAGAUCGAUCAUCGGCUAUUAGAAUUGCUUACUUCCGAGGAGAGCUAGCUGCAAGGCUUGUUGAGCAGGACCCUGAACGACAUUCCAUGCUUUCCGUUGGACUAUCACCGUCAGAUUUGCAGGUGCAUCUGGAAAACCUGACGGAGAAGCAAAAUACACCAUUGGUAGAGAGUUUCACAAUCAGCUGUAUAAAUAGUCCCAGCAAUGUUACUGUGGCGGCCUUGCAGAAACACCUCGACACUCUUUCGGCGUAUCUCACCGAGCAGGGAGUAUUUGCACGCCAGUUGCAGGUUGACCUCGGGUACCACUCGCCGCAGAUGCGGCAGAUGUCUGCGGACUACGUAAAAAUGCUUGGCAAUCUCAAAGCUGGUGUAAGGACGAAGGAUACCCGCAUGGUUUCCUCCGUAACAGGACAUUUCUUAGAGGAAGAGGCGGCCACAAGCCCUGAGUACUGGGACAAGAACAUGGUUUCACAAGUCAAGUUUUCCGAGGCCGCAAGCUUUUGCUUCUCAACCCCUGUUCAGGAGCUGCCCUUAAAGCUCGAUCAAAGUCACCUCGACAACCUACUUAUCUCUGGAAUCGUCGAAAUCGGGCCACACUCCACGCUUAAAGCACCACUCCGCCAGAUCCUGGAUUUCCAUAAGCGAUCCAACGAAGUGUUCUAUACAUCGGCAUUACAACGAGGACAUCCAGCGGACGAAACGUUCUUGAAUGCGUGCGGACGUCUCUACUGCGAGAACGUAUCCUUCAAUGUGGGGCUCCUCACAGAGUGGUGCCGCUCCUCGCCAUCGGCACCAAAGGUGCUCACACAGCUCCCAAAGUAUCCUUUCGAUCAUUCCAUCGUAUACUGGGAGGAAACCCGUAUCUCCAGAGAGAUACGCAUGCAGAAACAUGGUUUCAACAAGUUCCUUGGUGUGUCCAUCAGCGAUGGUACGCUCCUGGAUAGGCGCUGGAGAUUGAUCCUUCGAACAGACGAGCAGCCAUGGAUCAAAGACCACGUCAUCAACGGAGCAAACAUCUACCCAGGGGCCGGUAUGUGCGCCAUGGCGAUAGAAGCUGCGAAGCAGCUCCUGCAUGAGCGCAUACCUACGGCCUUCGUGUUAGAGAAUGUCGAGUUCAUCGCCCCCAUCUUACUCAACGACACUGCUGCCGGGACAGAAGUAGAGAUUAGCCUCACAGCACUCAAAAGUGAUAAAGCACUUAUCCAGUACAAGUUUCGGAUAGCUACUUGGCGGCGCGACGAGUCCAGCGAAGAAGUUUGCCACGGGACAAUAAGCGCGGACUAUGGCAACGUCGCAUCUGAGGUUGAUCCUCACAGUGAGCGCGAGAUGCUCAGUCGGAUUCUCGAUGAUCAUGAAAGAGCUACAGAUUCGUGCAACCGCAAAGUGGAAAAGUUCUACGAGACAGUCAAAGCCAAAUGCGGGGCGGAUUUCGGCCCGAGCUUUCAGCGACUUCAGGACAUCUCCUGCAACGGGGAAGGCGAUGUGAGGGCACGGCUGUUGCCAUACGAGGACUACUGCGUCGUGCACCCAGUGGUGUUGGACGCAACUUUCCACAUAUCGCAGGCUAUUUCCAACGGCGAUCGCUUCCGCACAAUGGUUCCUCGGCGGGUCAGUAAGAUCUGGAUCUCGACCUCUGGCAUCGGGCAUGAUGGCAUCGAUCAAGAGGUAGUCCAUGCGCGAGCUUCCAUGCCUACGCGUAGGAGUGCUGUCUCUUCUAUCUCGGUUCUUCGGCAGACAACCCGCGAGGUGGCUCUGAAAAUCAUUGGUUUUGAGUACACAGCUGUCAGUGAAGACAAAGAUUCCACCGUCGCAGGGGACGAAGCCAAGCACCUCACAGGGCAUAUGAUCUGGAGACCUGACGUGGACCUACUGGGAACUGAUGAGCUCGCACAGUACUGCGCCCGGCACCGAGAUACCAGAGAUGAUCCUGAAGAGUACUUUCGCGAUUGGGAAGCAGUAUCGAUUGUGCUUGGGACUCGUGCCUUGAGAGUCUUGGGAGAUGACCCACCGGCUACUUCGGAGUUGGCAAACUAUGUCUCCUGGCUGAAGACAACGAUCGCUUCUGUGAGAAACUCAUUUCCCAAGGAUGUGAUUGAGUUAGUGGAUAGCUGCAUACUCGGAGAUGGUCCUUUUGAAGCCCUCUGCGAGCGAGUAGAAAAACACAAGGCUGGGAAGCUUUACGUCGCAGUGGGCCGGAGUCUCGGGCGGAUUCUCACAGGCGAGCUUAACCCACUCGCUGUGAUAUUCCAGGAUGAGGAACUCAUGCAGGAGUUCUAUGACGAGAUGAUAUACGAAUCUCGGCCACUAAGAUCUAUGCAAGCGUUUGUGGACCUCUUGGCACAUAAAAACCCGGAUCUUAAGGUUUUAGAGAUCGGAGGUGGGACCGGUGGAAGCACUAACACCAUCCUAGAAGUGUUGAAUUCCUGGCAUGGACCUCGCUUCGGUCAGUAUGUCUUCACUGAUAUUGGUCCUUCGUUUCUGCAAAAAGCGAGGACGCGCUUUAGCGAUCUGGACAACAUGGAGUUCCGGGCACUCAACAUCGAAAAGGAUCCAUUGGAACAGGGCUUUGCAGCACAUGAGUUCGACAUCGUGGUUGCUGACAUGGUACUCCAUGCGACGUCGGAUCUCAGCAAGACUCUGCAGAACGUGCGGAAGCUCUUGAAACCAGGAGGCAAGCUCAUAUUGAAGGAAUUGACCUCGUCCAGCAAAGUUUACACAGGAUUUGUAUUCGGUUUGUUGCCCGGAUGGUGGCUGAGUGUCGAGCCAUGGAGAGCCCAAGCAUUGAGUCCUUGCGUCGACGCAGCCAGUUGGAGUAGGCUGCUGGAUGCAAACCAAUUUAGUGGAGUUGACCUGGAGCUUUGCGACUUCGAAAGCGACAUUUGUCACAUGUGGAGUUAUUUCAUAUGUACCGCAACAGAUGCUACCGUGCAGGACCAAAAGAGCCAUGGAGAAGUUUCAGCACCAAUAAUAGUAGUCAGGGAAGACUCGCAAGCCCAAAAACAGCUCGCUAGGCAUAUUUAUGCAUGCAUGAAUAUACCAGAGGUCUGGCCAGAGGCACUAAGCUUUGACGAAACUGUGGCUCGCACAGAUCUAGGCAGUAGAGAUUUAAUUAUUUUGCUGGAGAGCGAGCAGCCUGUUCUCGUCGAUAUCACGCCAAAAUUCUUUGCGGGCCUUCAGAAGGUUCUUUGCUCCUCAAGGAGCAUUAUCUGGGUCACUCGAAAUACCUCUUCCGCAUCUCCCGAAUACGGCAUGAUUACGGGGCUCAUCCGAGUGCUCCGCAUAGAAAACAGGUCAACCCAGAUCGUCGCACUCGCAGUGGAUGAUCACGAAAUGGCAAGAACGGCGUCGAAUAUCUUUACCGUAUUCAAAGCCACGCAAAAAGCGCUCGACCUUCGCAUCGAUGUUGAGCCCGAGUAUUUGGACCAGUCAAAUCUAUUGCACAUAAAUCGCAUAGUGUCUUCGAAAAACAUCAAUGAGCACAUCUUCCGCCGAACAGCACAGCCCGUUGUUGAACAGCCCAUUGGCAACAGCAACCUGCGGCUCGGAAUCCGGGCUCUUGGUCUACUUGACACGCUGGAGUUCUCAGAAGAGAUGCCGACGGAAUCUCGCCUGGGGCCAAAGGAACUCAUCGUCAGAGUUCAUUCCAUAGGCGUAAAUUUCAAGGACUGCAUGACACUGCUCGGGCGCUUGGACACGGACGAUCUCGGGACGGAGUGCGCAGGCACGGUGGAGCGCGUCGGGAGCGCCUGUGGGGAUAUCGUGCCGGGAUCGCGAGUCGCAGUGGUGGCUUUUGAUGCGUACCGGACUUUUGUUCGCACGAACACAGACCGGGUGAGCGUGAUACCAGACUGGAUGUCUUUUUCGCAAGCUGCGUCGAUCCCGACCGUAUUUUGCACAGCUUACUUCAGCCUGAUCAAGAUGGCAAGGCUGCAACGGAACGAAACAGUUCUUAUCCAUGCUGCCUCAGGAGGCACUGGACAGGCUGCCAUUCAGGUCGCACAAGAUGUUGGAGCUAAGAUUUUCGCCACAGUUGGAUCGGCAGCUAAGAAACAGCUCUUGGAAGAGGUCUAUGGGAUACCCGGGUCCCAGAUAUAUUACAGUCGCGAUACCUCUUUCGCCGAUGGGGUCUUGCAAGCAACAGGCAAUCGAGGCGUAGACGUGAUACUGAACUCUCUGGCAGGCAAGCAGCUUCAGGCAUCGUGGGACAUUAUUGCGCAGUUUGGAAGAUUUGUCGAAAUUGGGAAAACCGACAUCAACGCGAGGAACACACUACCCAUGUAUUCUUUCGGAAGAAAUGCGUCCUUCAUCGGCGUGGACGUCUCGCAAAUCAUAGAAGCGCCCAGCAGCGAUGGUAGCGGGAGCCGCAUACAGGAGGUAGCCGGUUGCGUCAUGCACCACAUGAGAGCCGGUACCUACAAACCGGUCUAUCCCCUCCACAAUUACGACAUCGGAAGUCUCGAGCAGGCCCUCAGAUUCCUGCAGAGCGGGAAAAGCUCCGGUAAAAUAGUCGUCAAUGUGGCCCCAGAUUCUGUCGUUCCUGUAAUUCAAAGCUCCCACUCGCCGUACCAGCUUCGUCCAGAUGCUACAUACGUCAUUGCCGGUGGUCUAGGAGGGUUGGGCCGGUCCAUCGCGAACUGGCUCUGCGAUCGCGGUGCAAGAAGCCUCAUCCUACUUUCACGCACUGGUACCACUAACCCCAAUGUACGCGCCGAAGUGGAGAGGCUUCGUGCCCGCGGCAUCACCGUCGAAUGUCCCAUGUGCGACAUUGCCGAUCUUGGAGCUCUACAGAGCGCGCUGGAAGCGUGUUCGCAUCUGCCACCGAUAAGAGGGUGUUUCCAGGGCGCCAUGGUCCUCCGGGAUGCUACCUUCGCGCGAAUGACUUUUGAUCAAUGGACUGAGUGCACGCUACCAAAGGUCCAAGGGUCUUGGAACUUACACCAGGCAAUGGCUGGAGUUGAUCUCGACUUCUUCAUCCUGCUUUCUUCGGCUGGCGCCAUUGUUGGUAACGGUGGCCAAAGCAACUAUGCCGCAGGGAACUCCUUCCAGGAUGCGCUCGCACGAUUCCGGGUGUCGCGUGGAGCGAAGGCAAUAUCAUUGAAUCUAGGUAUGAUAUUGGGCGGGGGAUACGUGGCUGAAAACGACGCGGUGCGAGAGAGACUCGUUCGGAACGGCGAGCUCUAUCCGAUACACCUGGAAGAGUUCCUGGCGAUGCUAGAUUACUGUUGCAAUCCUGACCUCGGCCUCCUGUCCCCCGACGAGUGUCAACUAGUCACGGGAGUGACGCUACCAGCCCAGCUUCGCGCCGAAGGGAAGGAUGUACCCCUCAGAUUAUUACAACCAUUAAUACGGUGCCUGGCACAGAUACCUGUGCGCGUAUCAUUCAAAACUCAAAACGAGGGGACCGGGGAGAACCUGAUGGCAGCGUUUCGGGAAGCGGAAAAUGUGAAUGAAGCUGCGAGUGUGGCAACCGAGAUGCUCAAAAUUAAAACAAGCAAGCUCCUUGGGCUUCAGGUGCAAGAUGUGGAAGCCAGCAGCCAGCUUGAACACUACGGCGUGGAUUCCCUAGUUGCAAUCGAGCUGCGGAACUGGAUAUCUAAGGAGCUCGGUGUAGAUAUUGCUGUGUUUGAGAUACUUGGAGGAAUGUCGUUGCUGGAACUCGGGGUCUUGAUUGCGCAAAGGCGGUCCGCUCCAUAA